GAAUCAGAUUACAUGGAGAGGGGGGACCUGAUCCUAGAUAAUAGUUAAUUAAAUUACAUGGAGAGGAGGGACCUGAUCCUAGAUCAUAAUGAAUCAGAUUACAUGGAGAGGGGACCUGAUCCUAGAUCAUAAUGAAUCAGAUUACAUGGAGAGGGGACCUGAUCCUAGAUCAUAAUGAAUCAGAUUAAAUGGAGAGGGGGGACCUGAUCCUAGAUCAUAAUGAAUCAGAUUACAUGGAGAGGGGGGACCUGAUCCUAGAUCAUAAUGAAUCAGAUUACAUGGAGAGGGGGGACCUGAUCCUAGAUCAUAAUGAAUCAGAUUAGAUGGAGAGGGGGACCUGAUCCAAGAUCAUAAUGAAUCAGAUUACAUGGAGAGAAGGAGACCUGAUCCUAGAUCAUAAUGAAUCAGAUUACAGGGAGAGGAGGGACCUGAUCCUAGAGCAACGCUCCUCCUCUGGGACACUGCCUGUAUGAAACAGAACACAUAGUUGUAAAGUCUAGAUACAACAGGUGUUUACUGCCAUCUAGUGGAAGAUACCAAUAUAACACUUUAUUAUCAGGGUGGGGAGGCGGCUGAGCUGAAACAGAAAGUAAAGUUGUUCUUCUGUUCAGGAUCCAUUUUGAGACGACAGAGCAGAAAAGACUAUAUGGAGAUUAUUGAAAAAUAAAGGGCCAGUGCUCUAAAAUGAGUCUCUCUGGGGAGAGAGAGGAGGGGGGCCCUGUCUCUAAAAUGAGACACUCUGAGGAGAGAGAGGAGGGGGGCCCUGCCUCUAAAAUGAGACACUCUGAGGAGAGAGAGGAGGGGGGCCCUGCCUCUAAAAUGAGACACUCUGAGGAGAGAGAGGAGGGGGGCCCUGCCUCUAAAACGAGUCUCCCUGAGGAGAGAGAGGAGGGGGGCCCUGCAUCUAAAAUGAGUCUCUCUGGGGAGAGAGAGGAGGGGGGCCCUGCAUCUAAAAUGAGUCUCCCUGAGGAGAGAGAGGAGGGGGGCCCUGCCUCUAAAAUGAGUCUCUCUGGGGAACAUGACAUCAAACCUAAGAGACCAAUCAAGCAGGAGAGACCAGCCUCCCCUGUUCCCAGCUGUGUGUCCAUGAAGAGUGACCGGUCUAUGGAGCCUCCUCUAAACUUUAGAGAGGGAGACUUUUCUACUGAACAAAGCCCAAUCAAGCAGGAGAGACCAGCCUCCCCUGUUCCCAGCUGUGUGUCCAUGAAGAGUGACUGGUCUAUGGAUCCUCCUCCAGAGUUGAGAGAGGGAGACUUUUCUACUGAACAAAGAAACCAACAGGAGAGAUCAGAGUCAGAGAUUCUCAGUGGUCAGUCUUCCCAGAGUCAUCAAACAGACCUGGCCUCCAUAUUCAGUAUGCUUGAAGAUAAAAUUAUGACAUUUGUGAAGAACGAGCUGAAGAUGUUCAAGAGGAUUCUUAGUCCAGAAUUCCCAGAAGGCUUUGAGAGUCAGAAGCAGGAUAAGGAAGUGGUGGAUGCUGAAGAUGAGAAGCAGGAGAGCAGUGCCAGAGAGGGGGCUCUGAAGAUCACACUGCACAUCCUGAGGAAAAUGAACCAGAAGGAGCUUGCUGACACACUGGAGAAAUAUGAGCUUGCUGUGAUUUGCCAACGUGAACUCAAAUCUAAUCUAAAGAAGAAGUUUCAAUGUGUAUUUGAGGGGAUCGCUAAACAAGGAAACCCAACACUUCUCAAUAAGAUCUACACAGAGCUCUACAUCACAGAGGGUGGAACAGGAGAGGUCAAUAAUGAACAUGAGCUGAGACAGAUUGAGACAACAACCAGGAAACAAGCAAGACCAGAGACUCCAAUCAAAUGUAACGACAUCUUCAAACCCUUAACUGGACAAGACAAACCUAUCAGAACUGUGCUGACAAAGGGAGUCGCUGGCAUUGGAAAAACAGUCUCUGUGCAGAAGUUCAUUCUGGACUGGGCUGAAGGAAAAGCAAAUCAGGAUGUCCAAUUUGUAUUUUCAUUCCCUUUCCGGGAGCUGAAUUUGAUGAAAGGGGACAAACACACUUUCAUUGAACUUCUUAAUCACUUCUCAAUGGAAACCAAACAAUCAGGAAUCUCCAACUACAACAAGUACAAAGUUCUGUUCAUCUUUGAUGGUCUGGAUGAGUGCCGACUGCCCCUAGACUUCCAGAAGAACAAGAUCUGUUGGGACGUCACAGAGUCAACCUCAGUGGAUGUUCUGCUGACAAAUCUCAUCAAGGGAAAUCUGCUCCCCUCUGCUCUCCUCUGGAUAACUACCCGACCUGCAGCAGCCAAUAAGAUCCCUUCAGGGUGUGUUGACCAGGUGACAGAGGUACGAGGGUUCAAUGACCCACAGAAGGAGGAGUACUUCAGGAAGAGAUUCAGUGAUGAGGACCUGGCCAGCAGAAUCAUCUCACACAUAAAGACAUCAAGGAGCCUCCACAUCAUGUGCCACAUUCCAGUCUUCUGUUGGAUUUCUGCAACAGUCCUUGAACACAUGCUGAAACAUAAGAGAGAAGAGAUGCCCAAGACUCUGACUGAGAUGUACACACACCUUGUGGAGUUUCAUACCAAACAGAAGAAUGAAAAGUAUCUUGGGAAAGAAGGGACAGGUCCACACUGGAAUAAAGAGAGCAUUCUGUCACUGGGAAAACUGGCUUUUCAACAGCUUGUGAAUGGAAAUCUGAUUUUCUAUGAAGAAGACCUGAAAGAGGCUGGCAUUGAUGUCAAUGAAGCCUCAGUGUACUCAGGAUUGUGCACACAGCUCUUUAAAGAGGAAUGUGUGCUGUACCAGGACAAGGUGUACUGCUUUGUUCAUCUGAGCAUUCAGGAGUUUCUGGCUGCUGUAUAUGUGUUCCUCUCAUUCAUCAACAACAAUGAGAAUCUAAUGGACAAACUGCAAUCAACGUCCAGGAACUUUUCUGUGAGGAUCAAACAAAGGCGUAAAGUUACUUUCUACAAGAGUGCUGUGGAUAAAGCCUUACAAAGUGAGACAGGAAACCUGGACCUUUUCCUCCGCUUCCUUCUGGGCCUCUCACUGGAGUCCAAUCAGAAGCACUUACGAGGUCUACUGACAAAGACGAGAAGCAGCUCACAGAGCCAUGAAGAAACAGUCAAGUACAUCAAGAAGAAGAUCAGGGAGAAUCUCUCUCCAGAGAGGAGCAUCAAUCUGUUCCACUGUCUGAAUGAACUGAAUGACCAUUCUCUAGUGGAGGAGAUUCAAAGAUACCUGAGAUCAGGAAGUCUCUCAAAACCCAAACUGUCACCUGCACAGUGGUCAGCUCUGGUCUUUGUGUUGCUGACUUCAGAAAAGGAGCUGGAUGUGUUUGACCUGAAGAAAUACUCCAGAUCAGGGGAAGGUCUUCUGAGGCUGCUGCCAGUGGUCAAAGCCUCCAGAGCUGCUCUGCUGUCAGGCUGUGGAAUCACAGAGAAAGGCUGUGCUUCUCUGGUCUCAGCUCUGAGGUCAAACCCCUCACACCUGAGAGAGCUGGAUCUGAGUAACAAUGACCUGAAGGAUUCAGGAGUGAAGCUGCUCUCUGCUGGACUGGGGAAUCCCCACUGUAAACUGGAGACUCUGAGACUCACUGUCUGUAAACUCACAGACACAUCCUGUGAAGUGUUGGUCUCAGUUCUCAGUUCAAACCCCUCACACCUGAGAGAGCUGGAUCUGAGUAACAAUGACCUGAAGGAUUCAGGAGUGAAGCUGCUCUCUGCUGGACUGGGGAAUCCCCACUGUAAACUGGAGACUCUGAGGCUGUCAGGCUGUCUAGUCACAGAGGAAGGCUGUGCUUCUCUGGUCUCAGCUCUGAGGUCAAACCCCUCACACCUGAGAGAGCUGGACCUGAGCUACAAUCACCCAGGAGACUCAGGAGUCAGACUGCUCUCUGCUGGACUGGAGGAUCCACACUGCAGACUGGAGAAACUCAAUGUGGAACAUGGUGGAGAGAACAGAAUGAAACCUGGGCUUAGAAAAUAUGCCUGUGAUCUCACACUGGACCCAAACACAGUAAACAGACACCUCUCUCUGUCUGAGGAGAACAGAAAGGUGACAUGUAGGAUAGAGGAGCAGCCGUAUCCUGAUCACCCAGAGAGAUUUGAGGACUGGGGACAGGUGCUGUGUAGAGAGGGUCUGACUGGGCGCUGCUACUGGGAGGUAGAGUGGAGUGGGAGAGGGGUUGGUAUAGGAGUGACAUAUAAAGGAAUCAACAGGAGAGGAAGGGUUAAGGACUGUUGUCUUGGAGACAAUAACAAGUCCUGGAGUCUGUCCUGCUCUGACAUCAGUUACACUGCCUAUCACAAUAAUAAUCCCACUACCAUAGACGUCCCCUCCUCCAGCUCCCACAGAGUAGGAGUGUAUCUGGACUGGCCAGCCGGCACUCUGUCCUUCUAUAGAGCCUCCUCUGACACACUGACCCACCUGAUCACAUUCACCUCCACAUUCACUGAGCCCCUCUAUCCAGGGUUUAGGGUUUAUUAUUUUGGCGACUCAGUGUCCCUGAAAUAAUAACCUGACACACGGACACACACACACAGGACACACACACACAGGACACACACACACACUGACU